GUCCCGCCCGGCCCGAUAAUGGUAUCAGUCACCUGUUCUGAUUAUCAACAGCAAUAUGUUCUCUAAAAUCGUCGCCCUCAGCGCUGUGUUGGCCGCUGCCAACGCUGGCAUCCUACCUCUUCACCACGCUGCGGCUGUGUCAUCCCAAAGCAUCAUCCGACAUGAUACCCCCGUGCACUACGCACACGCAGCACCUCUGAUCCACGCCGCACCAGUCCAGUCUGCUCACAUUGUCCACUCUGCCCCUAUUGUCCAUGCCGCUCCCGUCGUCCACGCUGCUCCCAUCGCUAUUGCUCAUGAAUACUCUCACCCCAAAUACGACUUCUCUUACUCCGUUGCUGACCCCCACACCGGUGAUCACAAGUCCCAACACGAGAGCCGCGACGGUGGUUCCGUGCACGGAAGCUACUCUCUCGUUGAGCCUGACGGUUCCGUCCGCAAAGUAGAAUACACCGCUGAUGACCACCACGGUUUCAACGCCGUUGUCCACAAGACUGUUGGCCACCACCCAGCCCCCGUCGUCCACGCCGCUCCCGUGGUCCACUCUGCCCCUCUCGUUCACGCCGCACCAAUCGCUCACAUCGCCUACGCUCCUCUAGCACAUGGUCAUCAUGGUCUCCAUUACUAAACGUCUUAGCUUAGCAUACUGAUAUGAUCGUGACGGAUGACUGAUUGUGAUAUUUAUGUGUGAUUAUAAUACUAAUUGAUAUGAAUUUAAUACUCACUUGUAAAUAAAUACUUUUUGCU